CCCCUCUCAAAACAGAAAAAUCACAAAAAUUUCCUUGACUUAUCCCUAAAUCUACUCAAGUUUUGAAGAAAUUUACGGAGAUUGAAAGUCAUCAACAAGAGGUGCAAAAGAAGAGUUCGAAAUUGAUUCGAAGAAGGGAGUUCUAAGCAUAGAAGGUAUGAAUCUAGACUAGAAAAGGGGUAGAUGUGGCAAAACUAAGAAAUCCCAUUCCAGAUAGGAUUGAGUUGUUAUCUUAGGGAUUGGGAUUUGAUUAUUAGAAGCACAUUAGGAUUGGGUUUUCCUUUUGUCUAUAAAAGGGGGGGCCUUCGGCUUCUAAGGGGAAAGAGGAGGAGAAUGGAGGAAGAGAGAUCCGAGAGUGGAGAGAGAGAAAGGGGAAACGCAGAAACUUGUAUUUGGACCUCAAGAGAAUAAAGUCUUGAUUUUUCCUUUUCUUCAGGUGUGCAUUGUUCAUAAUUUUUUUUUUCUUUCUACGUUUUCUGUUGUUCAUAUUUUGUUCUUUCUUCCUCUCUUUUGUGAAUUGCUUGGUUGCCCUUUUAAUUGUUUUUUUCUUGGUUUAUCUGCAGCAGACCCUGUAAAAAUCGAAGGGAUUUCUCUGUUCUUUCUCGAUCCUUCUCCUUUCUUUUGAAAAAGGAAAAAAAACAAAAAAAGAAAACCCUAGUCGCACGAGCAGAAGGUCCUCUUUCAGAGUAGGGGUUCGGCAGCCACCAGAAAAAGGAAGAUCUUUUUUCUUCUCCAACCAAAAAAGGAACCUCUCUUCGGCCCCCUUUGACUCCCAUUUCACCUCCAUCUUUGCCGAUUAUCAUUCUCAUCACCAUCAUCAAUCACCAAACAGCCACAAUAGAAAAAAUGGAGGGCUUCUUUUCGGGAAUCGGUUCUGCUCCUUCUCUCGGGUCCCAUUCUUUGCUCAUCCGUUCCUCAUACUCUGUUAGCUCCGUUCUUGAACUGAUGGCCUGACAUCCAGUAAAGAAGAGGAAGCUUCGCAGAAGGAGGGCUUGAAGGAAGACUAAAAAAGGGGAAAGGAGCCGCCACAAAAGAAAAGAAGGGAAGAUUUGGUUUUCUUUUUUUGGGCUCUACCGAUUUGGUGGUCUGGAUAGCUGUUAGGACUGUUCCCGGGGGAAUCUUCUGUGUGAUUGGUAUAUUUGGCCGCUCAGAUGUGAAAACCGGAGGGAAACGGGAUCUGUUAGUGGCUUCCGAUUGCUGAGAAAGUAGUAAGUGUGAUAAUAGUGAGGAUGAUGAAACGAGAUCCCUCCUUCCGAAUUUACCAUUUUUUCUUGAAAUUUCCGCUUAGGUUUUCCUUUUUCUCUUUAAUGUUUUGCUGAUAGUAAAUUAUUAGAUUUGUU